CGGGCGCGUUCCUGCGUGGAGCGUUGGUGCCUGCGCCUUGGCCGGCGAGCCGGCGCAUGCGCCUGAGCCGGCUCUGGAGAAAGGUUUAGGAGUUGUGCGGUGAGGGGAAGGGCGGCGUUCGGAGGCUGUUUCCUCUUUCGGAGGCCCCCGGUGGCGGACGGAGCCGGGCCGAGGCGGCGGCGGGAUGGUCAUGGCGUACUUCGUGGAGAGUUUCUGGGGGGAAAGGAACAAUGGCUUUGAUGUCCUUUAUCAUAAUAUGAAACAUGGACAUGUAUCUACAAAGGAACUAGCAGAUUUUAUAAGAGAACGGGCUACAAUAGAGGAGGCAUAUUCAAGAUCAAUGACGAAGCUAGCUAAAUCAGCAAACAAUUAUUCCCAGAAUGGGACAUUUGCACCAAUCUGGGAUGUUUUCAAAUCAUCAACAGAAAAAUUAGCAGGCUGUCAUUUAGAACUUGUUCGGAAGUUGCAAGAACUAAUAAAAGAAGUGCAGAAGUAUGGAGAUGAACAAAUGAAAGCUCAUAAAAAGACUAAGGAAGAGGUUUCAGGAACUUUAGAAGCAGUGCAAAACAUUCAGAGUAUUACACAGGCCCUCCAAAAAGCAAAAGAAAACUACAAUUCAAAAUGUGUGGAACAAGAGCGUUUGAAAAAGGAAAGUGGGACACAGAGAGAAAUAGACAAGGCAGCAGUAAAAUCCAAGAAAGCUACAGACACAUACAAACUCUAUGUAGUUAAGUAUGCUUCAGCAAAAUCUGAUUUUGAGCAGAAAAUGACUGAAACUGCACAGAAAUUUCAAGAUAUUGAAGAAAUGCACCUCCUGCAUAUGAAAGAAAUUAUAGAGUGUUUUUCAAAUACAGUAAAAGAAGUUCACUUACAAAUGGGUGAGGUCCACGAAGAAUUUAUAAAUAACAUGGCCAACACAACAGUUGAAGGUUUGAUACAAAAAUUUGCUGAGUCAAAAGGCACAGGCAAAGAAAGACCUGGGCUUAUUGAAUUUGAGGAAUGUAAUACGGCCAGUGCAGUAGAAGGUAUAAAGCCAAGAAAAAGAAAGCAUUUUGGGUUACCAGGGAUUAUUAAAAAGGAAAAAGAUGCCGAAUCUGUGGAAUGUCCAGAUGCUGAUUCAGUAAACAUUCCAGAUGUAGAUGAUGAAGGAUAUAGUAUUAAACCAGAAGCUAGCCAGAAUACCAAACAGAACCACUUCUAUUCCUCAAGUGAUUCUGAUUCUGAAGAUGAUGAACCAAGGAAGUUCCAUGUGGAAAUCAAACCUGUACUGCCAAACAAUAGUUCUCAUUAUACAAUGCCUUCACUGGAUGAAUUAAAAGAAUCAAUAGGGAAUAUCACAAUUUCACCAGCUAUAUCUAGACAUAGUCCUGCACAAAUGAACCGGAACUUAUCUAGUGAAGAAUUAACAAAAUCAAAGCUUUCUACUUCAUCUAAUGAGAAGGGGAACAAUGACCUCUUGGCAUGGGAUCCACUCUUUAGACAUUCUGGUGACUCAUCCUCCCUGACCUCAACAAUGUCUUCCUCAUCAUCAGCAAGACCAACGACCCCUCUUUCUGUAGGUACCUUAGUGCCUCCCCCAAGACCAACUUCCAGACCAAAGUUGCCUACAGGGAAACUCAGUGGAAUUAAUGAAAUUCCAAGGCCAUUUAGCCCUCCUUUGACCUCCAAUUCCAGCCCACCUCCUUCAGCUCCUUUGGCACGUGCAGAAAGUUCCUCCUCAAUAUCAUCUUCUACUUCACUAAGUGCAGCAAAUACUCCCACAGUUGGAAUUUCACGUGGCCCUAGCCCUGUCAGCCUUGGAAACCAGGAUACAUUGCCUGUUGCAGUAGCCCUUACUGAGUCUGUUAAUGCUUACUUCAAAGGAGCAGAUCCCACAAAAUGUAUUGUGAAGAUCACUGGUGAUAUGACAGUCUCAUUCCCAAGUGGAAUUAUUAAAGUCUUCACCAGCAAUCCAUCCCCAGCUGUGCUGUGCUUCAGGGUAAAAAACACAAGCAAACUAGAGCAGAUUCUUCCAAAUGCACAACUUGUAUACAGUGAUCCAUCACAAAGUGAUUCCAAUACAAAGGAUUUUUGGAUGGACAUGCAAGCUGUCACAGUCUACCUCAAGAAGCUAUCAGAGCAGAAUCCUUCUGCCUCUUACUAUAACGUAGACGUUCUAAAGUAUCAGGUAUCUUCAAAUGGCAUCCAGUCUACACCUCUGAAUCUUGCCACAUACUGGAAGUGCAAUGCUAGCACUACUGAUGUAAGAGUAGAUUACAGAUAUAACCCAGCAUCUAUGGCAGUGCCAAGUAUGCUCUCUAACAUACAGGUCAUGGUUCCAGUCGAUGGAGGCGUAAUGAAUAUGCAAUCACUUCCACCAGCAAAAUGGAAUUCAGAACAGAUGAAAGCUUUUUGGAAAUUAUCUGGUCUUUCAGAAAAAUCAGAAAAUGGAGGCUCUGGCUCCCUCCGAGCCAAAUUUGACCUUUCAGAAGGACCCAGCAAGCCAGCAACACUUGCAGUGCAAUUUAUCAGUGAGGGAGGCACUCUUUCAGGAGUAGACGUUGAACUAGUAGGCACUGGCUAUCGGCUUUCCCUAAUAAAGAAGAGGUUUGCAACUGGUAGAUAUAUGGCAGAUUGCUGAAAAGCGUGUGAAAAAAUAUAGCUACUUCAAUGAAUAGAAGUUCAUUCUGUCUGUUAUUACCUUUCCAACACUAUUUUAAUAUGCAUUAUUUUUUUGAAAACAUGUUGCUUAGUUUUUGGAGUUUAUACCCAACAAAAAUGCACUUUUAAAAAUAAAUCAUUUUAAAAAUACUCUAUAUUUUAUAAUAGCACUGAAAGCAAAGUCCAACACUAUCUGUAGAAGAUUGACUAAAAUCCUGAGAAACAAGAUUACUCAAAUGUUUAGUACUGAUGUAGCCUCAGAGUCAAAAUAGCAAUCACUUGUGGUAUUUAAAGUGUGUGGUGGUUUGUGACACCGUAAACAACCACAGCAUAUUUUAGCUUUCUAUAAAUAUUACUCAAGUAUAUUUUUUCCGUUUCCAUUAUUGCCAUUCCAUAAACAGUGGCAAAGUAAUUUUUGUUUCACUUUUGUAUAUUCAUGUGCCAUAUCUUGUUAGAGAUAUGUAUACAAAAUAACACCAUUUCCAUAUACUAUAUAUAAUUAAGUAUAUUGUUUUAUAAAAGAUGAUUUUAAAUGUAAAGUGCAAUGUUUUUUUUAAAGUUGCAGACAGACAGAUAUUUACUUCUGCCAUUAGUUAACUUUAUGGGAGUUGUAAUUUUAAUUCCUGCUGUAGAUUAAUUUAUUUUUAUAUGAAAUUUGUAACAUUUGUGCCUUUUUAAAACUGUGCCUGUUAAAAUUUUAAGGUGCCUCUCAUUUCUUUUUCAGUGUCUAGAUCUUCCACACAGAAAACAUGGUGUUUUCCUGUAUAACAUAUAUAACUACAUAAUUCCCUAGGCAGGGAUUUAGAAGGGAAACUUACAAUAACUCUAAAACAACCUUUAAAACAUUAAAUAAAUUCCUUGUGGGUUAAUUGCAAUAAAUGCAGCCACUGUAAAGGGACCUGCUUGACUUUGAGAUAUUCAAAACCACGAACAACUUUUAAUCAACCGUUAACUUCACUCUCACCAAAGAUAUGUAAAAUCCUGAAAGUAUAUUAAAUUUUUAAAUAAUUUUUAAAAGAACGAUUGUAGCAUUUCCCUUUGCUAACUAUAAAGUUUUUACAUUUCAAGUGCUUUCAAACAUGACAUGAAUGUAAAUGUUGCUUUUGAUGAGUAACAUUCUUUUAAAGGUUUGUUUUGAGUAGAACAAAAAUUAUAAUUCGUAUUUUCAACAAAAUUGAUCAACUAAGCAUUUGAACAUUUGGAUUAGUCUCUAAUCCUUUUGCUACAUUUUAAACACAGUGGCAAAUAGUGGCUCAAACAAUAAUGAAAGUUACCCAUUAAGAGAAUUUUUAAUAUAAAGUAACUACUUUCAGAGCUUGUUAUAUAUUGUGCUGUAAAAAACCCUAUUAAAUGCUAAAAUCAAAAGCUGAUGGGAUAAAUGAAUUAUAUAACCAUCAACUGUAGGGAGAUUACAUCUCUAAAUUUCAUUGUUUAGGAAAAGCAUAUGUUAAAGCAAUUAAAUAUUUAAAACUUGUAAAAUCACUACUGGAUCUAUCAGUCAAUUUUAUAUAUAAAAUAUAUAUAUAGUGCCCAUAGCCACUUAAAUUCUGGUGAAUGUUAAGACCCUACAAAGGCCACAAGUAAUGACAGGUGAAUAUGUUCUAUUGAUUUCAAUGAAUUUAUACUCUGGUACGGCCAAAUAUUCCCAGAUCACUUUUUGUAGAACUAUUCAUCCCUUGUGAAAGUUAUAUGGGGGGAGGAAUAUCAGUGAUUUUAAGGGGUGAGCAAAAGCAAAGAACUUUGGCUUACCUUUACAGAUGAGAUGGCUGAAGGAUUUUUCUUCUUUUUUUAACAGGAAAAAAGCUUUGCUUCCCACUUCAGGCCACAGUUUGGCUGCCCUCAGAACUCAGGCAGCAUUCCCUUUGUUAUUAGGGACAGAAUGUCCCCCUAUGAACAAUGCUAUGUCACGCCAGAGUCAUUCCUUAGGACAUUUUGGGGGGAGGAAGAUGGCUGCCACUUUUGGCUUUUUGUUUUUGUUUGUUUAAAAGCAGAAGAAAAAUCUGUCACCUUGUCUUUAAUGGUAAGGCCAUCUCCUGACAUGAAAGUUUUCUGAUCUUGCCUCCCCACCCCCAAUUAGGAUCAAGUGGGCCGUUUUUCCCCCACACCCAAAUGCCAAAAUUCUUUCGUCCAACAUGAAUUUAUUUACACAUUGAUAACUGAUUGUAGUCAAAAUAUUAGUUUCCUUUUUGCCUGUUUUGAUUGUUUUAUAAUAUAUAUCAUUGGAGCAGCACGUACUGGAUUUUCAUUCCAGAAUGUUAGUCUUUACUGAAUUAUUACUAGAACUUUUAACUAAAACAAUUGGCAUUUCAAAUGGUACAGUCUUUUACUGGAAUCUUAAUUGUAAUCUGCUAAUGCAAUCAAAACUGUUUGAAUAGUUUAAUACCUUACUAUUAAAAUUCAAUUUGUUCUCCAUUUUUAAUAAUGUAUCUCUAAAUUAGUGCAAAUGCUAUGUUUCAGCACUUUUAAUCUCACCUUCCUACUAAGUGUUCUCAAGCAUAUAUUCACAAAGAGUGCAGGUUACAAUUUUGAAGCCAUACCAGUUUAUAUAAAUUUUUUGUAAAGAACUCUAAAAAUUGUAUAAAAAUAAACCUAUCUGAUGAAAAAUGUGUGUAGCAAGCUGGAUCUUGCUUGUUUAUAAAGUGAUCAUCUUUGUAGCUGCACCUUGAGAGAAUUUGUAAACACAACUCUAAAGGGUCUGAGAUUUCUAUGAACUGUAAAUUAGAGCAAUAUAAAUCUUAGAAAAAUUGUAAAUACAUCAGAUCUUUCACAAAAUGUAAAAAAAAAUACACCCUAUAAUAAACAUGUAAUAUAUAACUUUUAA